AUGGACGGACCAUACGCUCACGAACUAACCGUCGCCAUCGCGGCCAUCCAGCAUGCUGCAACACUCAGCCGACGCGUCCUGGUCGCCUCCGACAAGGGCGUCGUGACAAAAGAAGACCUCAGCCCCGUCACCGUCGCCGACUUCGCCAUCCAGGCCCUCCUCACAUCAACCCUGCACGCCGCAUUCCCCGGCGACAAGUUCGUCGGCGAAGAGUCCGCGGCCGACCUCCGCGAGAACCCGGAGCUCCUCAAGUCGGUGUGGGCGCUCCUGCAGCAGGUCGCGAGCGAGAGGGAGCCCGACUCUCUGUGCAAACUGCCUGAGUCGCCUGAGCAGAUGUGCGAGAUGAUCGACUGGUGCGGCCUGGGAGACCCGUCGCCGACGGGGAGGUUCUGGGUGUUUGACCCCAUCGACGGUACCAAGACCUUCGUCAGAGGCGAGCUCUACGCCAUCAAUGUGUGUCUUAUGGAGGAUGGCAAGCAGAGCGUCGGCAUCGUCGGCCUCCCGAUGCUGGCGGCGGACGCGAAAGCACCCAUCAACAACGACAGCAUCGACCCCACCAGCACAGGCAGCAUCAUGUUCGCCGUCAGGGGCCACGGCACCUACAUCCGCGCGUUGCCCGGGCCGCUGGACCUCCAGCCGACGAAGAUCCCCCGCCACGCGGACGGCGACAACCACCCCCUGGUCUCAGUCACUUGUAUCGACGGCUCCGACUCGGCGGUACCGGGGAUCCACAAGAAGGUCGCCGAGCGCCUCGGGGUAUCGUACCCCGGCAACGACUUGCUCGGCUGGGUGUUGCGGUGGGCGGUGCUCGGCUUGGGGCAGGCGAACUGCACGUUCUGGGCGUACAGGAGGCGCGACCGUCUGGCGAAGAUUUGGGAUCACGCCGGUGCCAUGUUGCUGUUCGAAGAGGUCGGCGGAAAGGUCACGGAUGUCGACGGAAACCCGGUGAACUUGGUUGCUGGCCGUAAGAUGGUGGCCAACUAUGGCUUUAUCGCGGCGCCACUGGCGGUUCAUGAGAAGGUGAGGACCGCCGUGAGGGAAACCCUAGAGGCUGAGGGUCACGCCCAUCUCCUGGGUUAG